GGUUUACGUCGUUGUCUACACGUUUUAAACAUGAGGACGAUGUCGAACUAAAAGCGUUUGAGACUCGUGUUUCGAUUGUUACAGCAGCUGGAGCAUAUAAAGGAGAAUCUUCAGAGCACCCAGGAUACCGCAUGCCGGUCCUGCCUUCGCCAUUCCACUUCUUUCUCAGUCCAGUCCCAUCCGGAUCCCUUUUUUAGUAUCCUGCAUUCACAUUUCAUAUAAAUCAUCCCAUCGAGUCCUCCUCCCGCAUCAUCAGGUUCAUCAAUGUGCUACCUAUAUGGUUCGAUUGACCCUGCAUCUGUCCUAUGUCCCAUGUGCAAGGUAUUCAAACCGAGUGGUGCAAGAUGCCCUCACAUCCGAGAUGUAUGUUACAACAGAGCUUUACAUCCCCGUCAUGACAUCGUUCACCUCAAGAAUGCGGAGGUCAAAUCUUUUAAUGGAUGUGGUUAUUGCAAGUGGGCUCGUGCAAAUCCAUCGUCAAAAGUGACCUUGCAUCAGAACCCCGGUUGGCCCGGAUGCUGUAGGCCUCCAAAUGCCAACGAACAGCGCCUCAUACAGGCUGCAGACUGGCCUAGUGUCAGCAUUGUCCAUAGCAUACCUAUGCCUCCCGAGAUAAAAAGUAUUCUGGAAAGCGUACGAGGCGGUAUCAUACCUGGUGUCUCACCCAUAAAUCGCAGCCAAGCGUCGCAGCAGUCAAUGCCAUCUCUGGAUCGUAGAAACAGCGGUAGCAGUCCCACGACCAGGUCUAGCCCAACCUCUGGGAAGAAUCAGUCAAUGCCCAUUCCAGCAAGAGGACGCUCUGGUGGGAGUCCUGUGCAACAGAGUUCUCCUCUGACAGGGACAACACCGCGAGCGUCUGGGCCCCUGUCUUCAUUUGCAAAUUCAGCCGACCAAAGUCCUAUGCCUCGUCGCCAGACAUGCUCAGAAGGGGUAGAGAAGACAAACCGCACACCCUCGAUGCGUAGAGCGACAGAAUUAGACGGUUCGAUGUCACGGCGUAACUGCGGAGGACGACCUUCGUUAUCAUCGGUAUCCGCAUCCUUUAACUCAUCGAAGCCGGCUGGAGAGUAUUUCCCACCAGCUCCUUACCCAUCUCCCGUAGACGGCAUUCCCACGAAUUCACAAGAUUCUCCGUUGUCUUCGCGAAGAUCUACAUUAGAAGGCGCUAUGGCAGCGUUAAAGGUUGGGAGCACUGCGGAGAGCAGCAGUGAUAGUGGUAGCUCGCAAGGCUCCUUAUCAGAUGCGACUGUAAUCUCCGAUGGGGGCUUUACAGAUUACUUAUCAGAUGAGUCGGAGGCAGAGUUGCAGAGGCAGGCAGAGGCCAAGGCAGCUCUGGUUGCGCAGAAUCAGGCAGAGGAACAAGAAUUCAAGGCUGCCAGGCAGCAACUUGCUGGAGUUGGCUUACGACCGCCCAAGUCCUGGGAUGAUACCAAUGAUGCUAUUCCGCGUACUAUGCAAAGUGCAGGAAAUCAUACAGUGAGUUAUGCACAUCAUCCAGCGUAUGCAUCUCCUGUAUAUGUACCUGCGGCUGUCGCACAUUCUGCUCGUGGAUGACGGGUUAGAGUGCGAGGACUCUGUUGGACCUGCACGUUUUAUCUAUCAUGUAUCUUUUCAUAGUCGUCACUAUCUGUUACCUGUUGUAUGAUCAUCUGUACAUUAUCUGAAUCAAUCACCUCAGUGACUAGCUAUACUUACUAGUCGUAAACAAUUUGUUUGCUUUUG